GAUAGUCCCUAGACUAUCGAUAGCUGGCCGAUCGAUUAAAGGGUGCGUAUCAUAUGCGCACACGUCGCGUUGCGUAGCUGUCAUCGCAGUCGGUUUACGACAGGUGCUCUAGGAAGUUGUUAAGAUGUUUGGCUGUUGUUGGUGUUGCGCUGCGUUACGGCCGAGAUACAAGAGGCUCGUUGACAAUAUCUUUCCGGUCAAUCCCCAGGAUGGCUUAAUCAAGAACAAUAUGGAGAAACUGACAUUCUAUUCAUUGAGCAGUCCUGAGAAAUUGGAUAGGAUUGGAGAAUACUUGUUUCAGCGGGCUUCCAGAGAUAUUUACAGGAGACGAAAUGGCUUUGUCGUGAUUGCCAUGGAGGCAAUGGACCAACUCCUCGUGGCCUGUCAUGCACAAACUCUGAAUUUAUUUGUUGAGAGCUUCUUGAAAAUGGUACAAAAGCUGCUGGAAUCCACGGAUCCUCAGUUACAAAUUCUCGCGACACAGUCUUUUGUCAGAUUUGCCAACAUCGAGGAAGACACACCCUCCUAUCACACUCGUUACGAUUUCUUCGUGUCGAAAUAUUCGGCGAUGUGCCACUCCAGUAACGACGAUCCUACUACACGCAAGCAAAUUAGGCUUGCUGGAAUUCAAGGAUUGCAGGGUGUUGUAAGAAAAACUUUGUCUGACGAUUUGGUUGAGAAUAUUUGGGAACCUGUACAUAUGGACAAGAUAGUACCAUCAUUGUUGUACAAUAUGCAAAAUUCAAGAUAUGCUGAUAAAGAAGACGCGACACCAGACAGUCCAACCGAAGAACGAUCAGAUCCGCCGCAAUUUGCGGAAACUUGUAUGCGAGAAUUAAUCGGGCGCGCAUCAUUUGGUCAUAUUAGAUGCGUUAUAAGACCUGUAUUGAGGCAUCUAGACAACCACCAAUUAUGGGUCCCUAACUACUUCGCAAUUCAUACUUUCAGGAUAAUUAUGUUUUCUAUCCAGUCACAAUAUUCCUACACUGUAGUGGAAGCUUUAAUGACGCAUCUCGAUGAUCAUUCAAAGUCAUCUCCUAAGAUUCGUACUAGUAUUGCAGAUACUUUAUCUAAGAUUAUAUCAAUAGCUGCAGGUGAAAGUGUUGGACCAUCUGUAUUGGAGAUUAUAAAUUCGUUAUUGUCUCACCUACGAGUUAGUGUAACGAGAAACCAAUCGUCAAGUAGUGAUGAGCAAUUAUAUCAAGAGGCUCUCAUAAAUGCUCUUGGAGAAUUUGCGAAUCAUCUUCCGGAUUACCAGAAAAUUGAAAUUAUGAUGUUCAUUAUGAGUAAAGUUCCGUACAGUCAACCAGAUCGUAUUGUAUCAGUCGGCAAAGGAGACGUAUUGCUUCAGAGCAUACUUUUAAAGUCGCUUUUAAAGGUUGGUACCAAGUACCAAACUAUCCACUUGAACACGACGUUCCCACCCAGUUUCUUGGACCCAUUACUGAGAAUGUCACUGGCAGCAGAUGCUGAAAUGAGGCUUCUUGUACAGAAGAUAUUCCAUACUUUAAUUGACAGACGUCGAAAUAUUACGAAACUCGCUAAACCAACCGUCAACGUAGUAGAACUCGAUCUUGCUAUUGAAAAAGCAUCCAGACCUGAUGUUAUUUUCAUUCGGAAGCACGGCCCUGAAAUCUAUUUAGCCUUGUAUGAAUCACUAGAACUGUCUAGUAACACAGUAGAAAACGUGGAAUCUAUAUAUACCACAUUGGCGUUACUUGCCAUUGAAUUGGCUUCCGAGGAAACAGUAUUAGAGUUACUGAGAUUGGUAUUGAGUCUGCAAGACUUGGCAUUGACGAGUAGUCAAAUUAGUCUUCCACUUAAGUUUAACUUACACGCAAUAGUGAUCAGCCUAUUAGUCUUAAUAUCGUACGUUUGUAAUAUUACUGCUCUUAUGGAUUACGCGACAAAGGUUAUAGAAGAACGUCGAAACGAUAGUCCGCAUUUGCUACCGGAUUUACAAUCUCAAUAUGACACUGGUCUAACAUCCAGGUUAGCGCCAGCUCUUUUAGUCGAUCAAACUGUUGUUAGCGAAUGCCUAAAAGGAGCUGGCCUUGACAGUGGAAAGUUACAGCAAGGUUCGGGUUACAGUGGCAAUUCUUUACAACACAGGCACUCAUGGGUUGAUGCUGGCAGAAAUUCGCUAGCCGACAUUAAUUCUGGAGGUGCAGAAUUGGACAGUGGAGGUUCAUCACCCGGUGUACAAAAGAAAUUACCUGGAGAAGAAUUAACAUUUGAAAGUAUGAAAAGAAUUUUGACAGAGAACAAUAAUAAUCAAGUUGUAGAAGAAGAGAAGCGAAUGCAACUCUCUCAGUUCUUUAGAAAUGCACCAUUCCAAGAUUUAGUGUCAAAAACACAACCAAAGCACGAUGUUUUGCAGAGUAAGUUAUCAGAGAUAUUUAAUACAUUAUCUGUUGAUCCGCGCAACACGGUUCCGACAACCGGACCACAGACGGAUACUAAACCAAGUCAAACUCCAGCUUACGAAAUUCAUUUUCCAGAGCUGUUUGUUUAUUAAGCUGCUAAUAUAUUGUUGCAUUAAUAUUAACGUAGUGUGUUGCAUUAUAUUAAAUAUUCUAAGUGUUACCAGGUAUGAACAGUAGCUCAUAUAUUUUAAAAUUGACUUAUGUAUUGUACAUAAUAGAGAAAAUAUUUUUGUUUCUUAUUAUUAGAUAUAAUUUUUUAUUAAGGUUGAUAAGUUGUUCGUACUUAUUUACUUUUAAUGAAGCUAUCAAAUAUCAUGUAAACUACAAUGGAAAUGGUUAAUUAGUAUAAUUUUUAUAAAAUCAAUGAUUUAAUAGAAUUAGGCAUCUAUAGAGACAUAAAUUUCGCUUUAUAUGCACACAUGAUUCUUAGAAAUUAAAAUUAUUUAAGAUUUUAUAAAAGUACAGAAUUAAUUAUUUUCAUUAUAGGCUGAUUGUGAUCUGUCGAUACUUCAGUGAAAGCACAAAAUGAAAAAAAUUUCACACAAGCAUCGACAUAAUGAGAGUUACUCUAUAUGUAUGAAACAAAUUUUAACAACAAUGAAGACAAAUAAUCUGGAUAUAUGUUUCGAUAGUAGACCAAUUGAAUAUGCACUGUUAUGUAGUUAUACCUCUUGUUGAUGUAAAGUUAAAAAUUGUAUAUCUAUGUAUAUCUCUGUAUGUAAAUUCUAGAUUGGAAAACAGAUUUUCUCUCAUGACAGAGUGAUUGAAAAAGGUUGCACAAUGUAUAUUUAUAAAUAUAAAAGAUGGUUCAAAAUAUUUUGUAAAUAUACAUACAUUAAAACACA